CGAUCCUGCUCUUCAACCUUUUCUCCGUUUCCACCUUCUGUACCUCCUUCGUCCUUUCUUCGUCCCUCCAACGCCCUUCAAAGCGUCUCUGCCUGCAGCUGCCAUCUUUCCUCUCUUCCUCCUCUAGAGAUAUACCCAGAGGGGAGAGCCGCUGCUGCAGAUUGAUUGCGAGAGAAGCCAUCAUCACUAGAGAGCCAUUUUGAAUUGCACGGAGCCUCUUUCAGCGUCAACCUGCCGACCCUCUUCACCACCAUCGCCCUCACCCUCGCCCACUAUCGCAAAGAUCUCAGCCUGUGCGCUCUUGCACCAAGCGCUAUCUCAGCAGUCUGCUCCCCAGGCUCGUUGUCGCGUCCGAGUUUGAGCUGAUCGAGCACGGGCGCAGCAUGGUAGUCUCGGCGGCACCGAGCAACUACACAUCACUGCCUCAAGAUCUCGCGCAUCACGCAAUGCCUCAGCAUCUAGCCAAUGUGAGCGGCGCAGGGCCGUCUUCAUCCUCGUCCUCAUCUUCAACCCAACCUCCGCACCUUGUGCCUAAUCUCUUACCAAAGCUGGAGACGGCACCCCAUGCGGGCGAUCGCGAACCAUCAAUCUCGGUAUUGGGGCUUGACGAGGGCACCGGUGUUUCUGCAUCCUCAUCCUCAUCCGCCUAUCCUCGCUCGGGAUCAAACGGCAGCCUCGCAGCAGCGCCAGGGUCUCGCACAGCCUCAUUCUUUGCUGCUGCCUCGUCGAGCCCCGUCCUCAGCCCGGCAUCCGUCGUCUCGCAGCAAGGCCACAACAGAACAGCGAGCGCUUCGUCGGCCAAGUCACUCACGAGCCUGCCUCCGUCACUUCUGGCGCCAGAGCAAGGCUACCGCAGCCAGCGGCUGAGCCAUAAGAGUUCCACCGGCACCAAUGCUAGCGUCUGGUCGGGCGAUAGCCAAAGCAGCGAUGCAGGACAUGGGGGUGUCGAGGACGAAGCUACAUCAUCCCGUCGCUUUCGUUCUCCAGCUAGUGGUGGUCCCUCCGCCGGCAUAAGCACCGACGCGGCCGGCAACAGAUUGGCCCCCACGUUGAUUCGCCUUCCAACGCCGACAGAUUUCCAGCCUGAUCACCAACUCCAUUCCGCUAGCUCCAUUCGAUCUCGCCGCAACUGGGACGAGUUUGAAGGCAAACCCAUAUUGCCAUUACCAAGCCCUGCCGUCCAGCAGGAUGCCCUUGAGUCAGGCGACUCCAUGUUCGUUGGUCUCGAUGAACAGCAGCAUUCUGCUCCUUCGAGCCAGGUCCUCUUCUCGUCGCCUGGAAAUACGUACGAUCGGCAUGCAAAUGGCCAGCCGUCGUCCUCGCCUUUUCUUAGCGCUCCCAGCACAGCAACCAACUCCACCUUCUCAGCCGCCUCGACGGCUUACACAUCACAGCCUGCACCUCCGAGCCCAUCGCCAUCGAAUCGCGAUGGCGCGCUUGGCGAUGGCUUUCAAUCGAGCGCUGCUUCAUCCAGCAAGACGAAGAGCUUCUUUGGCUCGGGCGGUCAGUCCUCCCCAAUCCCACCUCCUGCUCGCGCUCCAUCUCUGCGCAGUCCGAGAUCGAGCACUAGCGAGAUGAGCCGCCACGCUCGAACGGCCAGCGGCCAAAGCGACGCCAGUCAAUCGUGGAACAACACCUUAUCGCCUGCUGCGUCGCCUGCAGGCUUCAAGACGGGCUUCCCAACGUUGCCUUCUGUGUCCUCUAGCCUAGCUUCCUCAGCCGAUCAAUCGCCGGCUACGGGUCCCGCAGCGCUGCCUCGCUUCCAGCGUCCCAGUCGUUACCCCACGUUGCCCUCGCAAGAAGGAGGCUCGAUCAGUGGUCUCGAUGGUAACUUCAGGACGCCUAUGAGGAAAGGUACAGGCGACAGCACAAUUACGUCAAGUGCAUCCAAUGCCUCACUAGCUCCGUCAUCCAGCUUCCAGGCUGACUCGAGCGACUCCGUCAGAACACCGCAGCUCAGCUCUGCAUACACUGAGGGCUUCUCUAGCAUCGGCAAGGGACCUCCACCCGCUUUUGACUCGACGGGAAAAGCUGCCAAGACCAGGCAUGUCCACGGGCCGAGUGAGAAUGCGACGGGGAGCAGCUUGAUACCCCCUUUCGACAACCAGCAGACAGACUCGCCUUCACCGGCAAUGCCAAAGAGCACCCCGUCAGCUCUACGACUCGAGGGCCUGCCGUCACACCCUCUGUCUACCCAUGCGGAGUCGUUGUCCAUCGAUGUCUCUGCAGCGGAAGCGUCGCGUGCCAAGCAGCAGCAGCAGCAACAACAACAGUAUUUGGGCGCUGAUGGGCCGCUUUCAAGUCCACGGGUACUUGCAAGGGCAGCACAAGAUGCGGCUGCGGCCGACGAAGAGUCAGAGGACGAGGCGGUAGGGAGAGUAGGGACAUACCGCGUGCAGAAGACGCUCGGCGUCGGCGCUUUCAGCAGGGUGGUGCUCGCUGCUCCUAUCGUCCCGACGCCGAUCAGAUUGUCACCCGCUGCUAGCGAUACCGAAAGGGAGGGCAGUGGUGGUGAGAGCAGAGAGGCGCCGAUGAAAAAGAAGUCGAGUCUGCAAUCGUGGAGCAAGGCAUUCCGGUCGAAGAGCUCAAGUCCGGCGCCACCUUUGAGCACCUCGUCUUCAUCAUCAUCGACACCCAAGACUCGCGGCAUCACAACGACGCUCGCUCCACCCGCAAACAUCACUGCGAGCGAUGCUGAGCCAGAAGGCGCGCCCAUGUACGCCCUCAAGAUGAUGGCUCGCGAGCCCUUUGAGCAAAAUGAACGCAUGAAGGUCAGCUGGGUACGAGAGGUUGAAGUUCUGCGGCACAUCCACCACCCUUCGCUCAUUCACUUCAUCAAGAGCUUCUCAACUCCGCGUCAUCACGUCCUUGUUCUCGAGCGCGUGGCGGGAGGCGAACUUUUCGAUGUCCUCUGGUCGCAUAAGGUCGAGAUGGCCAAGCGCGAAUGGUUCGUGAGGCGACUCUUCGCCGAGCUGGCGAAUGCGGUUGGGUGGAUGCACAGCAUCAAUUUGGUGCAUCGAGACAUCAAGCUCGAGAACAUCAUCCUUACGCGAGACGUCUUUGCCGAUCUGGACUCUCUGCGACCGUCGAGACUCGGCGGAAUUCCUUUACUCAAGCUUACCGACUUCGGCCUGAGCAGGUUCAUCGACGCCUCCAAGCCGAUGCUAGAGACGCGCUGCGGGUCAGAGGAGUAUGCCUCUCCGGAGCUCAUCAUUGGCAAGAAGUACGACGGGCGCAAGACGGAUGUAUGGGCAAUGGGAGUUGUCCUAUACGCACUCGUCUGCGGGAUGCUGCCCUUCCUCGACCAGGCAGAAGGAGGAGGAGGAGCGUCUCAGGAGAAUCGCGAGGGCGCAAGGAGGGAACGAGGGCCAAAGGAGCGCAAGGCUCACCUGCUGCGGAUCGCAAAGGGCGAUCUGCGCUGGCCUCUCGAGGUCAAUGAUGAGCCUGCAGAUUCACCUGCCCCAUCUCUCUGUCCUGCGAGCAAUCGCUUGAUUACGCCCUACGCCAAGCACCUGAUCUCACGGCUGCUGAGGCGAGACGCAACAAAGCGCGCUCAAGCUUGGGAGUGCUUUGACGAUCCUUGGCUCACUCAUGGGUCCUUCCACGCCCAUGGAGAGGUAUCGGCGCAUGGUGAGGCCAUUCAGAAGGGUGAAGGAUGUCAGCUGGGCUUGCCGCCUGAUCCCAGGAGCGAAGAGGGACAGGCGUGGCUGCGGGAGAGGGCUGAGGUGAGGGGUGGAGACGUUAGUCUGCUGGCCAAGCACGAUUGAAGAAGCGGAGG